UUACUUCUGUUUCUUUUGCAUGGUAUCUGAACUUCGAGUUUUGAAAUGUGUCCGAACAUUAAUGGGAGUCUAAUUAAUAUAGGGUAUAUCUGGAAAAUACUAACUUGGUAGAUCUAAUUCAUUUUGCAGGAGGCUUACAAAAUGGAAAAUGAUGCAAAGUCAGUUUUAACAGAUGGUUUAAAUAAGCACAAUAUUACAUUGCCGAAUAUAAAUAUAGAAUCUUAUAAAGAAGAUAGAAAUGCUGCUAUUGGAAAUGGAUCUGGAAUCAACUUGGUAUGCACCACCAGCAGUGGAUGUAUUUUUGGUGGUUCUGGAUUGGGUUCUAAUAAACGCGAUGAGCAAACGGCUCCAGGCAUACAGGCAGCAAACGAAAUUCUAGACACGAUUUUAUCAAAGUCCUGCGUCGACGAGCACGCGCAAGAUCAAUUGAUCAUUUUUAUGGCUUUGGCCAAAGGUACUUCGAAAGUUAAUCUCGGAAGCAAAAAACUUACUUGUCACACUGAAACUGCUAUACAAGUAGCAGAGAUCAUGUUGAAGGAAUUUAAUCUGCAUUUUAAAUUGUCCGAAGGCAAAGACAAUGGAGGGAAUAUUUCGUAUAGUUUGGAGUGCAAAGGUUAUGAAUACGAGAAUAAAAUAAAAUAAAUAAGUAUA